AUGGCGUUGCACCCGACUCUCAAGGCGACGUACGCCUCGAGGGCUGAGACAGCCACUCACCCUCUGACUGCUCACCUCUUCAAGUUGAUGGGUCUCAAGGCAUCCAACCUCUGCCUCAGCGCCGACGUUCCGACCGCACGGGAGCUCCUCUACUUCGCCGACAAGAUCGGACCCUCCAUCGUCGUCCUGAAGACUCACCAUGACAUGGUCUCGAACUGGGACUUUCAUCCGCAGACGGGCACCGGCGCAAGGCUUGCCUCCCUGGCUCGCAAACACGGCUUCCUCAUAUUCGAGGAUCGCAAGUUUGGCGACAUUGGCAACACGGUGGAGAUGCAGUACACUGGCGGCUCGGCUCGCAUCAUCGAGUGGGCUCACAUUGUCAAUGUCAACAUGGUCCCGGGCAAGGCGUCCGUCACCUCGCUUGCCAAUGCCGCGUCACGUUGGUUCGAGCGAUACCCCUACGAGGUCAGGACGUCGGUCACAGUGGGCACGCCCACGGCGGACGAUUCCGAUGAUCCCGACUCCUCAACCCGAGGCGACGACGCCAACGACGACGUAAAGAAUGUUCGCCGGAUCGAUGAGGGGCGCAAGGGUAGCAUCGUGUCCGUCACCACCGUCACCCAGCAGUACGAGCCCGCCAACUCCCCCCGCCUGUCCAAGAACAUGGCCGGGGGUGACGAGGUGCUGUUUGCCGGCAUCGAGGAGGCGCCCCUCACCAGAGGCCUGCUCAUCCUAGCGCAAAUGUCGAGCCAGGGCAACUUCAUGAACAAGGAGUACACGCAGGCUUGCGUGGAGGCGGCCAGAGAGCACAAAAGUUUUGUCAUGGGCUUUGUCUCCCAGGAGAGCCUCAACUCGGAGCCCGACGACGACUUUAUUCACAUGACGCCGGGCUGCCAACUGCCGCCCGAGGAUGAGGAGCGGAACGGCGGGGUGCACGGCGACGGCAAGGGCCAGCAGUACAACACGCCACAGAAGAUCAUUGGGGUCUGUGGCGCCGACAUUGUCAUUGUCGGACGGGGCAUCCUCAAGGCCGGAGACCCCCAAGAAGAGGCCGAGAGGUACCGCUCCAAGGCCUGGAAGGCAUACCUCGAGAGAGUGCGCUGA